GCGCUGCCUGGGCUGGCUUGCCCGUCGCGAGCCCUUUCCUUGUUCCCGGCAGCCCGUCGCGCGUUGUGUGAGGGGGGACGAACGAAAGGGAGGAAAAAGAAAAGCCGCUGCCGGCUCUGCGCAGCUGAGCUCGCGCUUCUUCGGCCGGUUCUCCUCCCAGUUCCCAUUCCUGGAGGCGGCAGUGCUGACGAGAUAUCGCCGGUAGUCCCCAGCAGCAGCAGCGCCUGAAGGGAUGUGGCGGAGGCGGCGCCGGUGGCUGCUGUUGUAACGCCGGCAGCUGUGGAGGAAGCCGGGGGCGCUUCCCACGGAGGCUCCCCUCGGUCCGCCUCUUGCCCCGCCGUGCGAGGGGAGGGCGAGCCGUCCGGAUCCCGGCGGCCCUUGACCCAGCCCAGCGUCCUGCGGCGCUUCUCUGGUCUCGUUCCGCCCCUCUUACAGUUUCCUCGAGCCGGGGUUUGGGGCGACGGGCUCUGCCCCUUCGUGAGGCCUGCGCCCGAGUCGGCCCAGCAUGGCUUCGUCGUCCGGCAACGACGACGAUCUGACCAUCCCCCGGGCAGCGAUCAAUAAGAUGAUCAAGGAGACGCUGCCGAACGUACGGGUGGCCAACGACGCCCGGGAGCUGGUGGUGAACUGCUGCACCGAGUUCAUCCACCUCAUCUCCUCCGAGGCCAACGAGAUCUGUAACAAAUCCGAGAAGAAAACCAUCUCUCCGGAGCACGUCAUCCAAGCGCUAGAAAGUUUAGGGUUUGGCUCCUAUAUCAGUGAGGUGAAAGAAGUCUUACAAGAAUGCAAAACAGUAGCACUAAAAAGGAGAAAGGCUAAUUCUCGUUUGGAAAAUCUUGGCAUUCCUGAAGAAGAGCUCCUAAGGCAGCAACAAGAGUUAUUUGCAAAAGCCAGACAGCAACAGGCAGAGCUAGCCCAGCAGGAAUGGCUACAAAUGCAACAAGCAGCCCAACAAGCACAGCUUGCGGCUGCCUCAGCCAGUGCAUCCAACCAGGCAGGAUCUUCUCAAGAUGAAGAUGAUGAAGAUGACAUCUGAAAUCUUCCAGGCUGUUUUGAUCCCCACAAAGAAAUAGUCCUGCACAACCAAACCAGUGAAAUGAAUGCUUGCCUGUAACUUUGUCUGCAUCUUGGACCGGCUGUUGGUAUUUUAGGGAUGUCUGCUGUUGUGUGCUGUACUUGUAAAAACUGUCUCUUUGAACUCUUGAAGACUUAAGGUUCAGUAUCAUAUCAACUUUGGAUUUUUAAUGGUGUUUAUGGAAAUUUUAGAUAGCCGUGCGUUACUUAUUUGAUCAACAAACAGUGUUACAAUAAAGUUUAUAAAAUAUAGCAGAAUUUAUACAGAAGCUCUAAAUUCACAUUUGCAUUUCUCUUUCCUUUUAACCAUAGAAUCUUAUUUAAAAAAUAUUUUAAUUUGUUUUUUUGGAAGGGAGCAGGCAUUUGGUCUGCUUUGGGUAGAAAAAGCAAAGGGUUCAGGGUAAUUUGGUCUGAAUUCUUUGUCUUUUUAAAAUGAGGAGGGAGAGAUAUGGCAAUAAAUACUAUGUGUGCAAAUACCACCCAUCUGAGAAAUGAUACAUUUUUGCCAAACUAGGAAAAUGUAUGUUUAAUAGGAGUUGUACAGAUUUUUUUUUUUUGUAUGGUGGGUUAAAAACAAAACCCACGACUUCAUUAUGCUAUUGAUUCAGUGUCCUGAGCAAAAUGAAUAUUUCAUUUCAGAUAUUGACCACUUUGGAAAAUUAAAGCUAUUCUUGUUUGAGAGUCGUUUAAUUUUAACUAGGUGGGAUUACAUGCAUAGUCUAAGCAUGUUCAUAGUCAUAAGUGUUCAAAUGGAAAGGUGGGGCUUGGUGGACAGAGUUGUUUUAAUUCUGUUUUGAUUGGGAAUGCUUAAACAGUCAGAUGUAGGAAAGCAGAUAUUGGAAGUAAUGAGCACGCUCACAGUGAGAGGAUUUUUUUUUAUUUAACUCUGAUUAUUUGUUGUCAGCACAAUGUUAACAGUUCUCAAACUAGUGUACCAAUAGAUAAAGCUUUAUCUGGUGAAACUGACUGCUUCUAUAUUCAAGUAGGAUACUAGUUAUACAUGAUUCAAUUCCAAAUUUAGUUUGGUGACCUGAGCCCUAUACUGACCAACAGGACCUGAAUAAGGAAACAUUAUUUUGAGGUUGUGAUGGAAAUGGAUUUUUUUUUCCAUAGCAGUGCUUAGAUAGCUAUUUGUUUUGAAAUAAAGAACAUUUUAGAAUUUGAAAAUAUACUUGAAGAUUUAUCAGCAUAUUUUUCUGGUACUUUUUGUUGGGGGAGGGGAGAUAGAAUCUCGUAUCUUGCAUAUGAAUGCAUAAAGCAGCAUUAUCAGACUGCAGAGAUGUUAAACUGUCUAGCAUCGCCUUGAUGGCUAUUAAAGAUUAUGUAAGAACUGAGACUGAAUGGUGAAAGUUUUGUCUGUGGAGCAGAGAACCAAACUGGGAGUUAAUUUAAGAUCUGGAACGGCAGUUUAAGGGGAUUCAUCGGAAAUAACUUGCACCCGUAUUUAUACGCUCGUGUCUGAGAUAUACAUUAGUCUGAAUGUUAAGCUGAAACACAUUUGUGCGUUCAGCGGGAAAAAGUAUUGGGACAAGAUCUGAUUAAAGAUCUAGUCUUCAUGAAGGUUGAAGUACCAAAGGUAGAAACACUAGGCUAGUGAAACCAUGUUAAUGUGCAGUGUUGGCUUUUCUAAUUUGUACUGUAACACCCUUACCCUUCCUGUUUUAAAUUAGUUAAUUUUUUUUCUUUUUAAGCAAGGAAGAAAGAUAAACUUUCACACUUUUUUUCCUGAUGCAGAGUUCAGGUUAAUAUUUUACUGCAUCUGGUAUGUAUCAUAAUAUGUUUAAAUUCCUGUGACCUUUGGACAUAUUUGUGCUUUUUCAUAUGCUGUAUUCCUCAAGCAAUAAAAUUCAAAUGUGUUUUUAUAUUUAA